AUGGGAAAGAAAAGGAAGCGAGUCGAGCGGGUAGAGGCAACAAAUGAGCCUGCUCCCAAAAAGCAGAAUUCCUCGACCGAUCCACCACCUGGAGUACAUCAUUAUCAGUCGGUCGAAGAGGUACCAUGGGACAUCCAAAAAUACUGGAACCAAGGAUACUCAAUCUUCUCCAAAUAUGAUGAUGGGAUCUGGAUGACCGACGACUCUUGGUACGAAGUUACGCACGAGUCCGUCGCUAACACGAUUGCACAGCAUGUUGCAGAAGCCGUACCGCCGGGCAGACCGAUUAUCUUCGAUGUCAUGUGUGGCGUGGGUGGAAACACCAUCGCUUUUGCACUCUCGGGGAAAUGGAAGAGAGUGUAUGCAAUCGAGAAGGACGAAUCAACCCUCAGAUGCGCCCAGCACAAUGCAGAGAUCUACGGCGUGGCUGACCGGAUUACUUGGUUGAAAGGCGACUGCUUGAAGCUUCUCGGCCUGGAUGGCGGCGAGAUGGAUGAGCAGGCGAGAAGUUUCAAUACCCUGGCAAGCAAGCUGGGUGUUAUCUUCGCCAGUCCGCCCUGGGGAGGGCCUGGCUAUCGAGACGCGGAAAUCUUUGAUCUCGAAUUAAUGCAGCCAUAUUCCUUCAGCUACUUGUACGAGUCUUUUAAAAAACUAUCGCCCAGUGUAGCCCUCUACUUGCCGAGAACAAGCGAUCUGAGACAAAUCGCAAAGCAUGUUGGCGAGGACAAGAAAAAUCAAAUAGUACAUUAUUGCACCAGGGGAAGCAGCCGUGCAUUAUGUGCGUAUUUGGGGGACUGGAGUCCGCUCAAGCUGGGAAAUCUCUGA